UUUCUUUUCCUCCUCCUGGCUUCGGGUGUAAUGGGGGUUUGCGGUAGCGGAGAGAUGAAAUGCACCGUCGCUUUCUCGCCGCUCGCGUCCCAAUCCUCUGCGAGGUCGAGUGCGCGUUUGUGAAGCGUGUUAUCGGCGUGGUGGAGUGCGAAAAUCAGUGUUGCAAAGUUGCACACUAGUCCCUGGGCUGCGGAAGGGCCUGGCUGUGUGUGUAUGGAGUUUGUUUCUUACUUCCCCCUCCCCCAUCCGCUCCUGCUGCUGCUGCUGAGGCCGAGACAUGAAUGCGAUGAAUGUGGGGCUCACUUCAAAGCAGAAAGCGCGAGGGCAGCGAAAGGGGUGUUGUAAUGUCGUCAGCGAAGGAAAAACGCAGCGAGCGCGAGCCGUUUUUAGAUGGCCGCUUUUUUUCUUUUUCCCGUGCGUAAGUGGGAUGAUUUGAUAUAUUGGCGUUUGUAGUGGUUAAAGAUGGCUGUGACAACGUGUUCUCACACUAGUUGACUCGGAUCCGCAGGACAAGCUCGGUGCAAACAUCGGCUAGGGCACUCAAAGAUGGUGAAAGUGUUUCUGGCCGUCUGUGCUCACUUGUUUGGGAAGGUCUCGCGCCGCACGUACUUCCUCUCCUCGCGCGUCGCGUUCUUUGAUGCGGUUGAUGUUCGCUCUAUUUAUGUUUCUAACUUAUCGCGGCGUUUUGUUUUGUAGCUAGUUAGUAGCCUCCUCGGGUUAACCCCCCUGUGGUGUUUUGUUUUUAAGUAACAGCGUCAGUGCGCGUGAAAUAUUUGUGAAUUGGCGUCUUGUGCUGGAUUAGCCUGCUAGCUCAUCGCCAUUGAAGUUCAAGUUAUUGACUGGGAGAGCUCAAGGUUUCUUUCUGCCUUAGCUCGCUUAUCAAGAACAUCAGACGAAGUCUAGUUGGCAGGCGGUCAGUCACAGGUUCUAAGGUCGGAACUUGAAAGUGUUGGGUUUAUGGUUGGUGUCGUAAACCGUGUCACAGGAGGAAUUCUUUCGCAGUGGCAUUGAUAGAAGUCUGGAUAUAAACUUUCUGCCUUGUGGGCUGUACUGGGACAGGGUGCAGGGACACUGUCAGCAUGAGUGUAAACGAAAUGGCCUGUUAUCCGCCAGAUGUGGGCAGCAGCUUCACUGAGGAUGCCCCCAGACCCCCGGUCCCCGGGGAGGAGGGCGAUCUGGUGUCCAGCGAUGGACGGCAAUACGGCCACAGCUUUUACUCCUCUAAGAGUGAGAGCCUCAAGAACGAGACCUCCAUAGCUACGCCCAGAAGACCCGACCUGGACCUGGGCUACGAGCCCGAGGGUAGUGCUUCCCCAACGCCACCCUACCUGAAGUGGGCGGAGUCCUUGCACUCGCUCUUAGACGACCAAGAUGGCAUCCACUUGUUCAGGACUUUCCUCAAACAGGAGGAGUGCGCCGACUUGCUGGACUUCUGGUUCGCCUGCAGCGGCUUCCGCAAGCAGGAGGCCAACGAAGGCAACGAGAAGAUGCUGAAGCUCGCCAAAGCCAUUUACAAAAAGUACAUCUUGGAUAACAACGGCAUCGUGUCCCGGCAGAUCAAGCCGGCCACCAAGAGCUUCAUCAAGGACUGUGUGAUGAAGCUUCACAUCGAUGCCGCCAUGUUCGACCAGGCGCAAACCGAAAUUCAGACUAUGAUGGAAGAAAAUACCUACCCUUUGUUUUUAAAGUCCGACAUAUACUUGGAAUACACCAGGACGGGCGGAGAGAGUCCCAAACUGUUCAGCGACCAGAGCUCGGUGUCAGGCAACGGCAAAGCCCUGCCGGGCUACCUGCCAACUCUGAACGAAGACGAGGAAUGGCGGUGCGACCAGGAACAGGGGCAGAACCACGAAAGCGACCCCACUCCCAGCAACAGGCUGACCCAGAAGCUGCUCAUGGAAACUGUGCCUCAGCGGGUGGCCAGCAGUAAGAGAUAUCAGGACAACCGUGAGUACAGACACGCGUCAUGGAGGGAGCCCAUCAACCCAUACUACGUGAACACUGGCUACGCGCUGGCGCCCGCCACCAGUGCCAACGACAGCGAGCAGCAGAGCAUGUCCAGCGACGCAGACACUCUCUCCCUGACCGACAGCAGUGUGUACGUACACAUCGACAGACACACAAACACACACCACAAGCUGGCGGAACAUUCCAUCCGAGAGCUUAGAGCGAUUCAAUUUCACCACAGCGUCCUGAGUCAAUUUGGCAGGAUUUUCCUCCUCCAAGAAACUUGCAGCCAGUUCUGCAGAAGCCCAGAUAUUUCAGGAAUCAACCGGAAGAUGCGCAGACAAAGCUCGAUAUUACUUGUCAUUGGCGUGUCUUAAGCUGAGGCUGGCAGCAGUUAGCGGAGGCUGGUCUCAGAGCAGUGUCUCGUGCACACAGAAUUAGUGCCAUUUUCGCCCAGCUCUGCUCUGGGAACAGAAACAAAUCUGCUCUCCUCUGAGGAGGACCAUCUGCUCAUUAUCCACACCAAUGAAAGCUUCUAAAUGUCAUUACUUAUGCUAAUUAUAGAGCUUCAAAUUGGGAGGUAUGAGGCGCUGCAGGCUGUAAUUUGAAGGCAUUGACUUGUUUCCCUUCAAAUUAACUUUCCCUGAAAACAAAGGAAAUGGCCUUCACGUUGGUAAUGUACACAAGCAGGUUACAGAAAACAGGAAAUGGAAUAUAGAAAACAAACAGAGAAUAAAUAGUGUUUUGGCCUUGGGUGUAAUCAGAUUUGUCCACUCAUUUCAUGGCUUCCAAAAUAUUUCGGCCUCAUGCAGUUAUUUUAAAUGGUUGACACGAGGACUUGGUCGGCUGGAUAAUGCAUUGUGAUAUUAAAAUGAUUUUCCAUCCAUUUAUGUGGAAGUGGUUUUAAAUUUAAAGCUUUUAAAAAUGGGUAUUUUUAAAACCGCUAAUGCAGUCAGCGCUCAGUCAAGGUGCGGUCACAUUAGUGAAAUUUCAUGGGCAAAAAAAGGUCCUUUGUCAAUAGUGUAUUGGUGAAUGAAGCACAGCUCACACAAGUCACUGUCAAACCAAGCAGAUUUCCAUUGGCCAGUUCUGCGAAUGUGUGUAACCCACUUGAACUUGUUGCAAAAUAUGUAUUGGGAGUAGGGCUGUAGCCAUCGAAUAUUUUAGUAAUCGAGUAUUCUACCAAAAAUUCCAUCAAUUAAU